GCUGCCUCUUUAAAUGCUGGGGGCUGAGUCCGUAGCCCGAGCCAGCCCCCCUGCCUUUGGCCGUGCCUCUCCAGCGCUUGUUGCACAGCCCCGGGUGCCGGCAGCGCGGCGCUGCUGCUGUUGCUGGAGGGGGUCCGGGGUGGUCGUGGAGGGGGGGGCCAUGAUCCUGCCGAGCUCCGCGCCCACCACCCCCAGCUCGCCCUAGAGCCGCUGCCGGCGCCGCGCAGCCUUCCCCGGAGGCAGGUAUGGGGAAUCAGGUGGAGAAGCUGACCCACCUGAACUACAAGGAAGUUCCCACGGCUGACCCAGCGGGUGUGGACAGGGACGAAGGUCCCAGGAUUGGGGUCUCGUACAUCUUUUCGAAUGACGAUGACGAGCUGGAGCAGCAGCAGGAGUCAGGGCAUGACCUGGGGGGGGAGCACCCAGCCCUGCAGCCCUACGAUCCCCAGCUGCACGAGGUGGAGUGCUCGGUCUAUUACCGGGAUGAGUGUAUCUACCAGAAGAGCUUUUCUGAGGAGGACAUCCUGCCAGAGGAGGGUGAUGAAGGAGGCCGGGGACACCUGAGCACCUACACCCCAGAGAACCUGCUGAACAGAUGCAAACCGGGAGACCUGGUGGAGUUUGUGUGCCAGGCCCAGUACCCGCACUGGGUGGUCUACGUUGGGGAUUUCCAAGUGGUGCACUUGCACAGGCUGGAGGUGGUGAACAGCUUCCUCACUGAUGCCAGCCAGGGCAGACGGGGCCGCAUUGCCAACCAGCUGUACCGCUACAAGCCCCUCAGCCCAGCUGCGGUGGUGCGCAAUGCCCUGGAGCAGGUGGGCUGCAAGGACCGGGACCUGAGCUGGAGAAACUCUGAGUGUUUCGCUGCCUGGUGCCGCUACGGCAAGAGGGAGUUUAAAAUCGGCGGGGAGCUGCGCAUAGGCAAGCAGCCCUACCGCUUGCAGAUCCGCCUAGGCGACAAGCGAAGCCACACUCUGGAGUUCCAGAGCCUGGAGGAUCUGAUUAUGGAGAAGAGGAGGAACGACCAGAUUGGUAGGGCUGCUGUGAUCCAGGAGCUCUCCAGCCACCUGCAGGCCGCAGAGGAGGAAGAUGAAGAGGAGGAAGAAGACCAUCACCACCAUCCAGGUGCUCGGACUGCUGUGGAGUAGCAGCCUCAGCACCACCAUGCUGCUUUAGGCUGGGUGAUGGGGAUUAAAACUGAAGGCUGCGAAAUUGAGCUGUUAUAAGCCCUUUGGGCCGCUUCAAUGCAGCUUCAUUCCAAUCACAUGUGAAAGGAAGGGGGAAAGCUGAUUAAGUGUCUGUGCUUUAGUGCUUAACUCCUUCAGUGCUCAAUGGUAAAACCACUGACUUACCUGUAGAGGAUAAAACUCAGGGCAAUUCUACCCGUCUGUACUCCCACCUCUUUUCCUUCCUCUGUGUUAGCCUUUCCCUCACCCCUCUGCCAGAAGGCCUAACCCUGCAGGAUGCCUUUGAUAUCUACUUAUCAGCAGAAGUUGCAAGUAUUUCUUACUACUAAGGAGCCAGCAACUUCCAGGACAUGGCCAUGUAGCUGAGUGCAUGUUUAGUUGACAGCUGAGAAGCGUGAGGAUGUUGUUUUCCCUUCUCUGCCCCAGUUCCUCUUCAGUUGUGGCUCCCAUUGGUCUUGCAGCAAGCUUCUUGCUUGCCCAGUGCAAGACUUCAUGGACUGCUAGCCAGCUCCCCCAGAAGGUGUAAGGGAGAAAUCACUGACUAAUGAAAUGGCUUUGAUGUUCCUGGUGCCUUCUAAUUAAAAGGAACUUGCAGGUGAUCCAGGGGAAGCUCCUCACUUGCUAUCAGCAUGUGAUUUCUGUCGAGGACAGAGGAGGUUUGUUUAUUAUUGACCAGUCCUGGAAAGGAGGAAGUUUGCAGCCCUUGUUAUGGAGGCUGUGCAUUGGUGCGUGCUGGGACUCCUGGAGGCAGGUACUGAGCUACGCCAAAGCUUGUUACUGGCUGCCUGGCUUCCCCGAAAGCAAAUGGCAGAGCUCCCGGUGACAUCUGUGGUACACACCAAGGCAGUAGAAGCAGGUUGUUUGCAUGCACUAGCAUGUCCCAAGAGAGGGGCCUCUUGACCACGUGCCCAUAGCUGUGCACACGUCACAGGUUCUGCACCAAACCCAGCUGUGAUGGAAGGGAGCACAAGAUGGAAGGCACUGCAGGCAGGGGGGUUAGGGUGUUCCUUUCCCUUUCUUACCACAAAGCAAUUUCCCCUUCAUUAGGGACUUUUUUCCCUCUUUUUGCUAAUUUUCAUGGUAUGCAGCUGAGCUAUAGCAUUAGAAGAGAGGACGUGCCUCCAGAGUCAUUGUGCAGGUCCCUUGUUAAGAGGAGGGGAGGGGGGAGUGUGAUGCUUCCUGCCCUGAAUGUUCCCUGAACUUUGUUUUCAGCUGUUGAACUGGCCUCCUGCAUGGGCAGCGCUGUCAGGUCUUUGUCCUGGGAUCUGAAGUGUGUGUGCAAACACUGAUUUGGAGGCAGCUUAUAACACAAAAUUCCUUCCCCUUAAAAACACAAUAGUGAAGAGGUGAACUUGAAGAUAAGCUUGAGUUCAUUUAAAUAACAGCAAUUAAGUGUGAUGUAAACUUGAAGCAUAGUUACUACGGUCUUCCCUGUGGUUGUUUAUAGUUAUACCACAAAUAGCAAAGUACUCCAUGUCCUUUCCACCCUCUGGGAGCAAAGUUUGUUGAUUUAAGAAUAAGUAGAUACUGGCUUUUGAUUAGUUGGGACUCUAUAAAGCCACUUUGACAAUGUAGCCCAAACAGAUCUGUGCUGUGCUUCCUACCUAAGACAUAAGCUAGGAAAAAAAGCAAUGAGAGGCUAUUUCCACCUUGCUUCAGGUGGAAAAAGCAACUCUUAGGGUUAUGCAAAUACAACAUAUUCUCUUUCCUUGAUGACUCUGUUUUCAUUUUGGACUGUGAAAUGCCCAGGAGAAUUUAACAGCAAGCUCCCUUAGAAUGCUAUAGCUCAGGUGACUGUACUAGUGAGGUUUUUUUCUUCAACACACAGCUGAGUUAUACCCAUGUUAGUGUGGCUGUCAAGCAGGUGUGCAACCUUGCUUUAAAAGCCCCUGCCUGCCUGCAAUAGGGUUAAUAUGUGGAUGUCUGCACAUUGGUUUUAUACAACUACUGAACUGCUGAAAGGAUCACUGUAUUAGUCUGAAAGAAUGAAGGAGUCUGUACUGACUGAUAUGAGACAACUGAGGUUAUCUAGACCAUAAGUAAAUGUCUGGCUGUUGUUUCUUUCAUACUGGAACCUUGUACAUAACAAAGUUUAUUUCACUGUGUAAUAUAUGUAUGUAAAAUAAUAUUUUCUUACAGAUAUUUUUGAAAGUUUAAAAAAAAAAUCCAUCAUAACCUUGCAUUUGAAAGUAAGUUGUUAUGCACAUUAUUUUCCAGUCCUUUGAAUGGGUUUAUUUUUCAUUAGUGAUCUAAAGUAUAUUCUAGGUCAUAAAGUAUAGAAACUGCUAUAAAUGUCAAAUACUAUGUAUCUACAGGGUACUAAACAGUAAACUAGUUGUGAAAAUAUUUUUCCCUUGUGUCUGAAACAUCAGAGCUAUGACACAUAGCCAUUUCUCUCUGAGAUAUCCUGCACAGUCUGGCUUUGCUUUUCUGGUGUUUCCUUUCCUUUUUUCCCUUGCUUAAUAAUAAUAAAAAAAGGACCAAAUCUGCUUGAGAAUGGAGAGCAAAGCUUCUUUGACCAACUGAAAUCAUGUCUUGUGCUGAUCUUGGUGCUUCCCUGUACCAGUCAUGCCUCUGGGGAUAAAUUCCCAUAAGGGCCUUAGCAAAGAAUCCCAGAGCUUGCACAGCCUUGUUAGGAUGGAGAGCUGCGAGGGAGCUUUCCUCACAACACAGCAGUCUGGCUUGCAGUCAGCUGUGUUAUAAAACCUUAUCUACUCCUUCAGCACCUGCAAUUCAGGUGUUCAGCACUUAAAAUAUUGCUGUUUGGAAUAUUUAAACUUCAAGUUAUGCUUAGGAAUUUAUUCUGUCUUCUGCAAUUCCCUUAUUUGUAAAGUGUUUUUUCUUUUUUCUUUUUUUUUUUUUUUUAAAGCAAAGCAAACAACCUGGGGAGGUGGGGAGGGAGCUGGAUUUUUUUUUUUUUUUUUUCUCAGAUCCUCUGAAAGUGGGCUACCUCCUUACAGGGAUUUCUUAUUCCAACAGAUAAAGGUAUUGAAUCUUUAACAGGUGGGUCUCUUUUUCCCACCUGUUGAUUAGGCAGUGUUAUUUAAUAGGUGCUACUAAACAGCACUGCAAACAUUUCUAAGCAGUCUGGUUUUUAAAGCCAUGGACCCAUAAUGAGCUGGAUGCGAGAACUGGAAUUGUUGUAGAAGCACAUCACAGUGCUUAUCUUCUUGUUUUUAUUUCGCUUUAUUCAGUUACUGUCUGCAGACUAGACUGCGAUUUCUAGAGCUUGAUUUUUAAAGAAAAAAAAUCUCUUGGGAAAACAGACUUUUUUGUGUAUGCGUAUACUUCAAGACUUUUGUGUAGAUCAAAAAAAAAAAAAAGAGGGAAAGAGAAUAGAUAAAAGUGCUCUUUUCUGCAACUAAUUCUUUAAGGUAGAGAACUUCAGGUGUGAUCCUUCUGUAGAACUUCUGGUUCAGCAAAGCCAUAAGCCUAUACCGAAGUUUGAAGUUGAGCCACUUGAAAAUCAGCAAAACUAUUUAUAUGAUUGAAGAUAAGUGUAUAUUUACAUUUCUUUCUGAGUAAGGGGCUGGAAUUUUUAUCUGAAGUCUCUGCUGGAAGCACGGAGGACCUGGCAUUGCCAAAUCACUAGGGGAGAAUAAGUAGUGCUCCAAAGGUUGCUUCUCAAAGGGCCUCUUGUCCAAACAAAGCUUGUAAGAUCCAGCCCAAACUUUAGCCUCAGUCUCCCCCUGGAAAUCUAGGAGCAGCACUGAUGCAGUGAGGGGUGAAAGAUUCAUUUUACACAGUAGUUAUACACUAAGCUGAUGAUCGUGCUGCUGGCUCCUUUCUGGUGUCUUUGUCUUGUCAUGCUUGAACUUUCCCUUGUGUUUUUAAUGCUUAAAGUUAAUAUAAUUUGUUUUAAAAGCUCUUUGAUUGUGCAAACACUUAAGCAUCUGUAUGAAUUUACCCAUUUGGGUAUACGUACUGCUACAGAUCGGAUGACUGCUGUGAAUAUCAUUAUGCACAUGUUAAGGCUGGCAAGACUAAGCCCCAGAUGUGUAAACAUAGCUCCAGCUUAGGAAAUGUAGAUGAGCAGUCUUAUUUCCCCAGAGUAUUGGUAUGUUUGAUGCAAAUAAUGUCUUGGAAAAGGCUUUAUAGUAAAACCUACAAUUAUCCCUUGAUUGAGUAAUUUUAAAAACACAAUUUAGACGUUCACCUUCCAUGGCAGUGAACACAUAUAAACUGAAGACUAUUUCAAGUUUCCCUGAUACUAGGUGAAUGCAAAGGAUUGAUUGCAACAACACCAGAGCUCGGCUGGCCAACACAGUAGACAGUUGCAGGGUAGGCAGGGGAAUUAAAAACAAAAGCUACUUCAAAAACUGUAUUUUCUUACUAGGAAAAGUAUAUUCUUCAGACUGAAGGACCCUAGACUACGGAAGUAAAAUUUCAAUUAUUUUGUAUUAAUGAAACCUCAAGCACGCUUGUUACGUUUUGUUCUUUUAAAUUUGAUAUUCUAAUCCAAGUACUAAAAUAUAUUAAUCGCAUAUUACCUAUUUCAGAUUUUGAACAUAACAGUGGUUUUCUUUUUCCUACUUUCUUCCUUUGGUUCUCACCAAAGGGUGGGUGUAGCUUGUCGUUGAGUAAUUUGCCACCUCUGCUUUUCUGUCAAUUAACCACGCCAACCAUAAUUCUAACAGCCAUGUAGGAACAAAUAUUUUUUGAAAGCAAAUUUUAAUUUUAUACAACAAAUCGGAGAUGAGCAACUAAGUAAAGGUAGAAAAUAAAUUGUUUUCAACAGCAGUUUCUAUUUGCAAGAAACCCACUGUUAUUUAUGUGUUAGCUUGGCUACUCUUAUAAAUUAAUGUGCAGUGAUAAGGCCAGGUGUAUUGUAUAAUGGGCUUAGAUUUUCCAGAUCAUACUUUUCCUUUUCUUUCGUAACUGUGGAUAAGAAGAAAUCAGGGUAGCUUCAAACAUCAGUGGUUUAGAUGGUUCUUUUGCAUUAUUAUUGAAUUAGAAACUUUCUUUAAAUACACACCUAAAAUUCCUGAUAUUGUAAUAAUUCAUCCACAAUAGCCAGUGUAAUCACAAAAUAUGAUUUUUUCUCCACAAGCGUUUUCUGUAAGCUGUCUUUUGUCAGUAAAUGUUGAAUUGUUAGUGCAAAUAUCUCUUCUUUUCCUGAGAAAGAAGUACAGAUCGUUGAUUGUACCAUUUCCUUCAAAAUGAAGGGCAUUGCAUAGUAACUGAAAAGAAAUAAAAGAUUUAUAGUAUCUUUU